AUGGACUCAGAAUGUUCCGAUAUAAUAAAAAUAAUUAAAACAAAAGUAAUAAUUAAUGAUUAUAUUUAUGUGUUUCAAAAAAAUGUAAGCGAUGGGCUUAGAUAUACUUGUGUUCAACGAAAGAAACAAUAUUGUAAAGGUAGUGUAACGAUAAAUUCGUCCAAAACCAAAAUUUUAAAAUUUCAAGAACAUUCUCAUAAUCCUGAUUCUGCUGAAGCUGAAGUAUGUCAUGCCUUAAAUGCGAUGAAAGAAAAUAUUAUAAACAAUUUUGAUAUUCCUUCUAAAGUGUACGCAAAAGAAGUUAACAAAUUAACAGACGUAGCUGCUUGUUUGAUGCCAAAUGAAAAUAAUGUAAAAAGAAAUUUAAGAAGAAUCCGUAACAAUUCAUAUCCUACAAUUUCUUCCAAAGAAUUCGUAUUAGAGGGUAAGUGGACGAUGACAGCAGAACCUAAUCAGCAAAAGUUUUUAUUUUAUGAUAAUCAAUCAAUUAAUAGUCGUAUAAUAUUUGCUUCUCCAGACUGCCUAGAAAUAUUAUCACAAAGUGAUCAUGUGUUCAUGGACGGAACAUUUUCGUCUUGCCCUAAAGGUUUUUAUCAACUUUAUGUACUACACGUAAUUUAUAAAAUGAAUUAA